AUGAGCGCGCCACGGCGGCAGAGGGUGGCGUAUGAAUCGCCGGAUCCCGCCCUGAUCGCCCGCGCGCGCGCCCGUCGGGAGGAGCGGAUGGCGCGUUGGCGGGAAGAGGCGCGGGCGCGCUCGGAAGGGGUCGAGGUCGGGGCCCCGGCCGCUUCCGCUCCCGCGCCAUCCCCACGGCGGCGGUUGAUUCCUUUUGAAUGCCGCCCGGACGUGCACGUGGAGGUUCGCAUGAAUCGCGCCGCGCAGCUCCGACGGGCGCGUCUGACGAGUGGAGGGCGAGGGGCCUCGGCGCCGUGCGCGCGGGGGCCUUCCCCGACCUCCUCGUCGGGCCUCGUGAACGUCGGCCGCCCACCUCGGACGGGAAAAGAAGGCCGUCCGGAGCUGCUGCCGACGCGUGAGAAAGGCGUUUUCGAGAAUUCACACCACCCAUCCACCUUGGGGAAGCCCCCCUCCGAGGACUUCUUGCGGAAUGAUUUCGACGUUUCAUUGGGGGGCGGGUCUCGCGCCCCGAGGGAGGUCUCUGGUCAAAGGGCCCCGACCCCCAAAAGGGGUCUUAGGGCGGCUGAAAGCGCCUUAGGCGGUCCACAAGAGAGCACGUCGCCGAGAGGCAUCACACAAGAACGGGAGGGGGCUACCGAGGGAAGGAGGAGGUGUGGGAGUCGAUCAAAACGUCCUCAGCAGACUUUCUAUAACGAUAUGAUCGCCGAACGUAUCCUUUUUGGCGACGAGGAGUCGUUGGAAGAACUGGGUCGGGAGCUCCUCAAGAGGCAACUGGAGGAUUACCAGAGAAAACAUCAACGGUAG